GUCAGUCCUGCUGACUAUCAACGUUUUAGUUAGACGGUGUAUUGCGUGUAGAAAAGUGUUUGAAUUUCGUUACGCGUGUUUCGAUUAUUUGAGAACUCAAAAGCGCAGCCUGAACAAGUAUUGUUGUUGAAUGUGCCAUAAAAAAUGAAAAUAUGACAUCGACCACUACAACUAUAAGAAAAUCCUAUGGGAACAGACGAUUGUAUACUUUUCCGGAGGACUAUCCCCCCGUGAGACUCACUAAACAAAAAAGUAACGCCAGUUUACCGAAAAAGAAUGAGGAAAUUGCGAAGCUUGUUAAAUACAUCGACGACAACAUUGUGGGGAAAAAUAACGCAUUUUUUGGGCCUUUUGGUAGAAGAAAAGUUGUGUUUUGCGACUAUGUGGCUUCUGGGCGAUCUCUGCAAUUCAUCGAAGAAUAUAUUUUAAGAGAGGUACUACCUACCUAUGGGAAUACUCAUUAUACUACCAGCAUAUCAUCACUCCAAACCACAUUAUUUAGGCAAGAAGCGAGAGACAUCAUUCGAAGUGCCGUGAAUGCAACAGAAGAAGACGCGGUGAUAUUUUCCGGUCAUGGAUGCACAGACGCUUUAGAAAAAUUAAUAUCUGCCCUUGAUCUUCGGGAGGCACCAAUAAUUUUCACUGGUUCUACUGAGCAUCAUGACAAUUUGAAUUUGUGGCAAAAAACUGGAGCGAAGAUAGUGCGAAUUCAAGAAACCAAAGAAGGACACUUAGACUUAACCGAACUUGAAAACCAACUGAGAUUCCACCAGAAUUGCGGAAGGCAGCUGAUAGGAUGCUUCUCGAUAGCUUCUAGUGUAACUGGUAUUCUAAUAGACGAUGUAGCCUGUACGAUACUUCUUCAUCAAUAUGGCGCUCAGGCGUUUUGGGACUUCAAUAUUGGUGCUCCCAGCAUACUCAUAGACAUGAAUCCUUCCAUUCCAGGAGUAGAAGAACACUCUGCGUUCAAAGACGCUGUUUAUUUUUCCGGUCACAAGUUCAUAGGCGGAGUUCAAACACCAGGUAUUUUGAUUGCCAAAAAAUCUAUAUUUAGACGGUUGAACACUUGCGAGCCUGAUGGGUUUUUCGCGUCGAACGAACAUGAUAAGAGCUUUGACAUGGUAGAAGAUGGCAGCUGUGCAGCUGUGGUGGAAUCGAUCAGAGCAGGUCUUGUAAUGCAACUGAAAGACACGGUUUCCGUUACUAAUAUAGUACAGAGACAGGAAAAAAUCAACAAACAAAUGUUACAACACAUCAGGACCAUUCCAGAGGUAAUUCUGCUGGGAAACAAUUCGCCUAACUUGAAAAGAAUUUCGGUGUUUUCCUUCAUGGUCAGGCACCCCAGAGGAACUUUCUUACACCACAAUUUCGUGAGCGCCGUAUUGAACGACGUUUUUGGAAUCCAAGCAAGAGCCGGCUGUCCAUGUUCGGGUGCAUAUGCCCAAGAUUUGCUAGGAAUAGAUCAGAGUCUGGCAGAUCAAUAUGAAAAUAUAAUUUUAGAGGAUAGGCGCUUGAGCAGUUUGAAUUUAGGUGUGGAGAAUUCAACUUUAGAACUACUCAGACCAGGCUUCACUAGAAUCAGUCUUCCGUAUUUCAUAAACGAUGCUGAACUGGCGUUCAUCAUGGAAGCUAUUAAAAUGGUCGCUACAGAAGGUUGGAAACUCUUGCCUCAAUAUGUGGUGGAUCUAGAAACAGCUGAAUGGAGACACCAUUCGAAUCCAGCCUCCAAGGACAGAAAGUGGCUCUCUUCUAUCCGUUAUGUCGAUGGUAAAAUGACCAUGAAUGAAAGGAGGAUUUCCGGACCAGGGUUGUUUCCUCAAAGCCACUCCGAGUGUCUUCAAACUGCCAGAAAUUUAUUCAAUAGAGCUAGAAAAACUGCCAACAGAGGCCCUUACCAAGACCAGGGUAUUCAGUUCGAUUCUAGAAGUGAAAAAUUGCGAUGGUUCAUGUUACAACACGAAGCUCAGAGCUUACUCACCAGCAAUGCACAAAAUGUCAAACAAAAGGUCCCGUUUGAUCCUGCCAAUAACUUAUUUUGCAAGAAACAUGACCGUGGCAAAGCGAAAGACAGAGACAGCGAUCUUGGUAGAUACCCGAAUCAAACCUUAAAUAAUCCUGGGGGAUCCCCCAGGCACUAUAGUCUUCCUUCCAUCGAUGAUCCCCAUUUGUUAACUUGUUCGUCACCUGUGCCAUAUUUUUUGCAAGACGUGAAUGGGCUGUAUUACCCCCAAAUUUCCCAGCCUUCUGUUAAUUUCGCCGUUGGAGAAGCAGUUAAUGCUGCGAAUUUGAAUCAACACUUACAGCAGAGUUUCGCUAGGGAACGCUGUUUCAGCUUAGGAAAUACCAAUGUGUCUCCUCCCGUUCUAAGCCCUUCGACAAGAGUGAGUUUGGGGAUGAACACAAGACAAAGGCAGUUCAGUUACAGUAGCCAAAACGAGCCUAACUCUCUGGAAUCAGACUCCAACCAGAUGUCUCCAACACACAGCUUGAACUUUCUGGCAAAUACGUUCGAUUGUUUGCAGUGUGGUAGAGCAUCGCCCGGUCCUGAUUUGCAGACCUACGUCACCGAAAUGACGAAAGAGUUAGCUACCAAUAUCAAGUCUGAAAUCAGAGAAGUUAUAUCCAAAGUGGAAGAUGUUUUGGAGAAUAGUGAUAGUAUUCCUUCGUUUUAUGAAAGGCACGGGAGUGGAAGUGAAGAUGGAAGAAGUGAUUCGAUUUCUGCGAAUGAGGUGGCAGAGUACUUAGAGAAAGUUUCGAUAGAAAUGGCUAAUGAGGUCAAGUCUGAAAUUCGUGAUGUAGUAAGUGCUGUGGACGUUUUUAUCACUCCUGAUAAUCAAGACAAAAACCCCUUUUCAAGAACAUCCAGCCUAGGAACAUGUAGCGAAGAAAAACAAUUAUCUACCCUCGACCAUGAACUCAAGACUCAUUCUCCUGCUUCUAAUAGCGAAAUUGCCAAACAAGUCAUCAACAAAUCCGUGAGUUCGCAUAAACUUGACGAACAAAACGUCGACGAGAAAGCUCACAAAAACAAAAUACUCUCCUCGACGGUGGCUAGCGUCAGCAGUCAAGACAGCGGAAUCAACCUGUCUUUUCACGAGCAAGAGCAAUACUCAAACGGGGAGUUCAAAUCUCGGAGUAACUCCGAAUCUCUUCACGGCCACAGGCGGUCGGAUUCUGAAGUUAGAUUUUCUACUCUCCAAAAACAAAGACCUAGAAUAUUCAGAGAUCUCAGUGAUGAUGCCAACCUACUGGAAACAUUAGCUACGAAAUAUACCUGCCCGAAGAAAACCAUUUGGGAACCUUCCGUCGAAGCUAUCAAUGAGUUUGAUAUGGUGAAAGACGGAGACAAAGUAAUGGUUUGCCUCUCGGGAGGCAAAGACUCGCUCUGUCUUCUACAUACACUGCUGCAGUACCAGAAUCAUGCCAAGAAUAACGGGGUGUUGUUCAGUAUCGGAGCUCUCACAGUGGAUCCAGAUUCGUCUGGAUGUGAUCCAUGUGCGCUAAUACCUCACCUCAAGAGUUUAGGGGUUCACUACAUUAUCGACGACAAGAAAUGUGAUGUUGGAACAGAACCAGAAAAGUUAGAGGAACCAAAAGAAAACUUUUAUAGUUUUUGUACCACCACGAUGAGGCAUCGAUUGUAUUCUUCAGUAAAGAGUUCUGGUUACAACGUGUUAGCAAUUGGUCAACACUUGGAUGAUCUCUGCGAAAGUUUUAUGCUUUCUGUAUUUCAUACUGGAAAAUUGAGAACCAUGAGGGCUCAUUAUUACACCAAGGAACAUGAUGUUCGUGUGAUACGACCUUUCGUCUACGUCCGAGAGAAGGCACUCCGUCAAUUCAGCACCAAUGCCAACUUACCAGUCCUGACCAGCUCUUCCAGUCCAAAACUCACGAAAGAACGCCAGAGAAUCAAACAACUUCUCACCCAACAAGAAAUACUCUUUCCGAAACUGUUCACGUCUCUGCAGUCUGCCCUGCAUCCGCUGAUAGGCUUCAAGAUGAAAGAAUGUCAAGUGAAGUUCCGCAGAAGAUUCGGUUCCAAAGAAUCUGAUGAAUCAGACAACGAGACUGACGAAGAAGCUGUGGUUACAAAGGGCGAGUGAAGGCUUGAGGCAUUGAAGAGUACAGGCUAAACAAUGAUGUUUUUGAAUAUAGGUAUUCACUCUCGUUUUUUGUCGGGGACGAUAUUGAGCACAGGUAAAACUGUGAAGCAGUUUAGUUUUCUGGAUUAAGGAUUAAUUCCAUGAUUAAUGAUAGUCAGUAUAUCUAUUUGGAAAUGAGAUUAAUGUUGUGAAAGUCCCAACUGAACAUUUUGUGAACUUCUGCAAUUAAUUGAAUUUAUUUUAACACUGUCACUCACUAAAGUCUGUAACUUGGAGAAACAUUUUCUUUAACAGAUUUCCAUUAAAUGGAACUUUGGCAUUGGUUUUGACUUCGAAUUGAAUCAAUAUGUCGAUUUGUUUUGAGAAAUCGAUAAUAAUAAUCUUCCAGUGAUUAUAUAAAUUACGUAAAUUACGAUUACGUAAAUAACAUUUAUUGGACUUAGAGACAAUUUUGAUAAACAUGUUGGCUUGUAAAUAGGAUAUACAUAUGAAUUUUACUGCAAUUAUUCGAUCUAGAGACUAAAACAACCAAUCAUCUCAAUUAUUGGCUGCGUCCAGGAAGAAAUUGCUUCUAUUUCACACGGCAACUACAUUCAGAAAUCACCAUUUGGCACAUUAAGCGGUAAAGUGACUUUAACCAUUAGAAGCUGUUGGACGCACACAUUGAGCCGUAUGAAUGAAACAGAGGCAAAUUCUUUUGCCUACACUUUCUGAGGGAAAUUUAUUCAAUACGUGAACUGAUGACAGAAAUGCAAUUCGAGUAAAAUCCUCUACUGACCUGGAAUGCUAUUUGUCGUGAUACGUUUUGAUGUAACCAUCCUUCUAUUAAAGGUUAUCAUUCUCUGUAGGAUCUCUUAUCGUGUUCAAGUAACAAGAGGCAGCUGUAAACUUCAUGCCAAGUGCUUGUGAAAAGAUUCUAUCGCUGUUUGGCAAUGUUCAUACAGAUGUAUUUAGGAAUUGUGUUUCCUCACAUCUAUCUCUGAUGUUACAUCUGGGGAUAUCUUCAUAUGUUUUUGCAUUGCUUUACUUCUAUCAGAGAGACCUUUCAGUAUUGGAAGUUGGGAGUUUGAUAAAUUCAAUUUUAUUUUCACGUAUGAACAACAAAAGAUGUGAAAAAACAGUGAAUAUUUUUUGAGAAUAUUGCAAUUUGUUUUCAAUGAUGAAAGCUAUACAAAUAUGUUUUUUUAUUUACCAUUUUCACUUUUUUGACUGUUAUAUUGUUUAUGAGAUAAAUUAAUUCUUUGGGAAACGGUUAAUCUGAUAUUCACUUCAUUUUUGAAAAAUCAUUAUUUUCACAGCUCUAUUUUGUUCUGAAAGAAAUUAAUCACUACCCUAAAUGUUGUAAACAGUUUUCUAUAAACAAAUUCAUUUUCACAUGUGAUACUUAUUAAUAAUAGUAGAAGACUUAAUAAAAAUAACCAUGUAACAUUUUUUAUUUGAAAAAAUUAUAACUAAUUAAUACAG